AUGUGUCGCCGGAUCGAGAAGGAGCUAGGCCUAAUCGGCGGCCUCAACGAAGGUGACCGAGUAAUCCAACUUUCGGAUGGAAUAGUAGUCAAAUAUGGACAUGGCGUCACUCCUACUGAAGCCGCUACACAAGCGUUUGCAUAUCGACAUGUCGACCGCAGUCUUGUUCGUGUUCCUCGGGUCUACCGAUUCUUUCAGGAUCGAUGCGAUGUAUCCUGGCCAAAGGGCUACCUAUUCAUGGAAUAUGUGCCUAGCAGGAACUUAAAAGACCUUUACCUUAGCAUCCACAAGGAAAUUAUCCCACGCGUUGCAAGUAUUAUUUACACCUUGGUCAAAUUCCCAGUGGUCAGGUGCCAGGCCCAGUGGGCGGUGGUGAGCUCCGAGGAUACCGAUGGGACAACCUGCAGUUGUAUCUCAGAUACGAAUAGCUGGCUCAACAAACGCUUAACUGUCCGAAACGAGUCUACAGAUUUGACGCCUUAUCUCCUUGUUCUAUGCCACGUGGAUCUGUGUCGUAGGAACAUGAUUCUAGAUCUGGAGGAUGACAGCAUGCCAAUCGGCCUCGUUGACUGGGGCCAUGCUGAACUGUUUCCACUCUUCUUUGAAAUUACCACGAUUUCUUGCUUAAAUCCUUACGAGGUUCAGUAUCAGGAUUUUCUUCUCCAAGCCGCAGAAAUGCUGUUGCAUUUGACAGAGGACGAGAAGCGUCUGAUGAAACUGAUGCAAAUUGUUCGUGCUGCCAGUUUGCGGCAUCUUUUGUCAGGGUGCUGA